CGCAUCAAAACGAAUCUUUAUUUGAUUUCAUCGGAAUAAACUUUUUUUCGUACUGUGUACAAUAUAACUACCAACGACUGUCUUCAUCCUCUUCAGCUAGAAUAGAUUACCACAAAAAUUAGGUCAAACGACAACUAUGGCUUCACUUUCGAUCGCCAUGGUUCUUCAAUUACUUUUGUUCGUCGCAGCGCUCUACGCCGUCGAAGUCCACGGAUAUAGUGGUGGUAACGGAGGAGCAGUAGAAUUAGUAUCGACUGUAGCUGAACAAAGGGAGUUUGAUUACUACGCGUUGGCUGUCCAAUGGCCUCCAACUUACUGUUCGAAAUCCACUAAAUGCUGUACUCAAAGCGCUUGUUGCCGAGGAUCAAAUUCUCCAUCAGUAUUCACAAUCCAUGGACUAUGGCCAGAUUACAAUGAUGGAUCAUGGCCAUCAUGCUGCUCAGGUCCUGCUUUUAAUGAAACAGAGAUUUCGACAUUGCGUGGUGUUUUGGAGAGAUAUUGGCCAACACUAAGUUGCAGUAAAUCAUCAACAUGCCAUAACAAAAAAGGACUGUUUUGGGCUCAUGAGGUGGAAUUUAACCAUCAUCUUGUUCAUUUUUUAUCAAUUGAUCAUAUUACAAAAACUAGAAACUAA